AGCAAUAAAAAUUUAAGUCGGUCUUCGUAAAAAGUUAAAGUAUCAUCAAACCUUAAAUUAUAUUAUUUAAGUUUCUUAUCAGGCCCUGUGCUAAACAGUUCGUACACCUUUUAAACAAAAAAAAUGACAUUGAGCAUGUUCGUCUGAUGCAAAAGCGGGUUGUAGAAGAGAAGUUAUUCCGCCGGCAGAAGAGCGGUUAUGGUUCAUAUGAUAGGGCUUAUUUUAGCGGCUGGCCGGCCGUUCAGAUGCGGAAUGAGGAUGUGGAGAGCGAGCAACACCGCGGUGACGGCCGGGACGCUGUCCGCUGCUCUCAGAAACAUUGUUCUAAAUAGAAGAAAUAUCUGGGGAUCCUCUGGAGGUCCUUUUGCGUCACGUCCAGUGUUCUGCUCUAACAAGUCACCUAAAGAUAUGAAGUCCAAGGAAACAGAAGGUGGUGGUAAUGGAGAGGGGGCAGGUGGAAGUGGGAACAGAGGAGGGCGAAGGGAAGACAAUAAAUGGUCUCGUUUUCAGAAGGGGGACUUUCCCUGGGAUGAGAAGGAUUUCCGCUACAUGGCUAUUGCAGUGGCAGGGAUAUCCUCCACUUUUCUGUACUUCUACUUCAGAGAUGCGGGGAAAGAGAUCUCCUGGAAGGAAUUUGUACAUUUCUACUUAGCCAGAGGAUUGGUCGACCGACUGGAAGUUGUCAAUAAGCAAUAUGUGCGAGUGAUCCCAGCGUCUGGACGAAAUGUCUCUGAAGCAAGCUAUGCGUGGUUCAACAUUGGCAGUGUGGACGCGUUUGAAAGGAACCUGGAGACUGCUCAACAGGAGAUGGGCCUGGAGCCAUCGCACAGGGUGGCUGUGGUCUACAGCACCGAGAGUGAUGGGUCUUUUUUGAUGAGCAUGAUUCCCACCUUGCUGCUGAUUGGCUUCUUCCUCUUCACAUUACGGCAGGGGCCAAUGGGAGGUGGGCGUGGGCGCAGGGGGGGCGGGCUUUUCAGCAUGAGCGAGUCUACCGCUAAGAUGAUGAAGGACAACAUCGACGUUAAGUUCAAAGAUGUGGCCGGGUGUGAGGAGGCCAAGCUGGAGAUCCUUGAAUUUGUCAACUUUCUAAAGAAUCCCAAACAGUACCAGGACCUGGGGGCUAAAAUCCCAAAGGGGGCGGUGCUGUCUGGACCUCCAGGGACAGGAAAGACACUACUGGCUAAAGCCACAGCUGGGGAGGCCAAUGUUCCCUUCAUCACGGUCAACGGUUCUGAAUUCCUCGAGAUGUUUGUCGGUGUUGGACCUGCGAGGGUUCGAGACAUGUUCGCCUUGGCACGGAAGCACGCUCCCUGCAUCCUGUUCAUCGAUGAGAUCGAUGCUGUUGGCAGGAAGAGGGGGCGGGGCAACCUCGGGGGGCAAAGCGAGCAGGAGAACACCCUGAACCAGCUCCUGGUGGAGAUGGAUGGUUUUAACAGCAGCACUAAUGUAGUAGUUUUGGCUGGAACCAACCGACCUGACAUCCUGGAUCCGGCCUUGAUGAGACCUGGACGAUUCGACCGUCAGAUCUAUAUAGGUCCACCUGACAUCAAGGGCAGAGCUUCCAUCUUCAAGGUUCACCUGCGUCCUCUCAAAGUCGACACCAGUAUAGACAAAGAUGGGCUGGCCAGGAAGCUGGCAGCCCUCAGCCCAGGCUUCACUGGUGCCGACAUCGCUAACGUGUGCAACGAGGCAGCUCUGAUCGCCGCCAGGCACCUCGCUCCGUCCGUCAACGCGAAGCACUUCGAGCAGGCCAUUGAGCGGGUCAUCGGAGGUCUGGAGAAGAAGACGCAGGUCCUGCAGCCCGUCGAGAAGAAAACGGUGGCGUACCACGAGGCCGGCCAUGCUGUGGUGGGCUGGUUCCUGGAGCAUGCAGACCCCCUGCUCAAGGUGUCCAUCAUCCCGCGUGGGAAGGGUCUGGGCUACGCGCAGUACCUUCCCAAGGAGCAGUACCUGUACACGCGCGAGCAGCUGUUCGACCGCAUGUGCAUGACGCUGGGGGGGCGCGUCGCCGAGCAGCUCUUCUUCGGCCGCGUCACCACCGGGGCGCAGGACGACCUGAGGAAGGUCACGCAGUCGGCCUACGCGCAGAUCGUGCAGUUCGGCAUGAGCGAAAAGGUAGGCCAGGUGUCGUUCGACCUGCCAAGGCAGGGCGAGCUGGUGAUGGAGAAGCCUUACAGCGAGGCCACGGCUCAGCUCAUCGACGAAGAGGUGCGGGAGCUCAUCAAUGGCGCCUACGAGAGGACGCUGCGCCUCAUCCAGGACAAGAGGGACGUGGUGGAGAAGGUGGGCAUGCGUCUCCUGGAGAAGGAGGUGCUGGACAAGGCCGACAUGCUGGAAUUGCUGGGUCCGCGUCCUUUCCAGGAGAGGUCCUCCUACGAGGAGUUUGUGGAGGGCACAGGUAGCUUCGAGGAGGACACCAGUCUGCCCGAAGGCCUGAAGAACUGGAACCAGGAGGCCGAGGACUCCUCCAAAGAACAGGAGAAACGGGCCACAUAGGCGGAGAGGAGUAGUCGUCCCCAAAACUGCUCCCAACGGGAGACCAUGGCCAAGCCGUCCAGGAGGGUUUGUCACCCAUGUAGGAAUUUAACAUACUUAAAAAGGGGGCUAUUCCAGUGUUUCAGAUGGUGCCACAUAUCCCAAGGUUUUGCUGAGCUUAGCAAACUUAAAAUAAGCCCCUAGAGAAAGGAAAGUGAUAAAAACUUCAAGCUGGGGUACCUGGCGUUUGAGGUUCCUGACCCUGGAGACGUCGCUCCCCUGUACUGUAUGUCUGACCUCUGUUGUCUGCCUGGGUGGGGGUCCCGGAUGGCGUGACUGUGUCGGAGACCAUACCGUGUCAUCGUCACAAGGCUGACGGGGUGUAUCAGAAAUGGAUAUUUUAAUCUUUGGUUUCCUCCCGGGGCACGUCUUGGUGCACCAUGAAGUUUUAACCUUUUGCGGAGAUACUGAGUCAUGUUCAUAUUUAAUGCAUAGUACAUUUAUAAGCACUGAUGUUCCCUUUUCGAAAUAAAAUCCAACAGACGCUAAAA